AUGAAUAAUGAAUUUGAUUCAGAUGAAUCUAUAAAUUCAGAUGAAGCCAUUAAAACAAUAGAUUUUAAAUACUUGACUCCAAAUUUUCACCAUGAAUUAGAUGAUAAAGGUACUUCAUUAUAUAAAAGAAUGAAUGGCAUAAAUACAUUGAUGUGUAAAUUUAAAGAUGUGCUUAUAUGUAAAGAUGAUACUUAUUUAUAAUCGAAUAGGGUUAAGUCUACAAAUUAAGUAUCGACCUCAAAUAUGUAAACUCAAAGUAGACAAUAACUUAAUCAUACAUUAGAAAAUCUAAAAUAGACUGAAAUUCAUUUAUCUAACUCUAGAAGAAGAUAUAAUUCACGUAAUUAAGUUGAUAAACAAUCUUAAAAUAGAUUAAACAAAAAUUCAUAUAAACUUUAAACAAAUAUAAUAUCACCUCGGAAACCAAAGAGAUAAAUUUAUGUAACAUAAAUAGUCAAUAAAAAUAAUAAUGAUUUAAAUAGCUUAUCAUUUUCAUAUCCAUAAAGAAUAUCAAGAAUAUUGGCUAAUAAUGAUUGUAUGUAAUCACAAAAAGGUAGUUCUGCUUCUUCUUAAAAGGGUAUUUUAAAAUCAAGUUCUUUUGAAGUACUCAAAAUUGGAGGUAGAUUAAGUAUGUAAAGUCUUAAUAGUCCAAUGAUGAGACCAUCUAAUAAAUAAGUCUCUUUUGAAUUUACUAGUGAAUAAAUGCGAAAAUUAAGAAAUCAUAAUAUAAGUAUUGAUCCUAAAAAGUAUUCAAGAUUAAAAACUAAAUUCUAGAAAUGA